CUAAAUGGUAUAUUUCGUUUCAAAAAGCGAGUUUGAGUGAAUUUUGCUUACAUGGCGCCAAGAGGUGAGUUUUGCGUUUUUCACCACAUGCUUAUAUUCCACCUUGCGGCAUGUGCUCCGAUUUGUUGAUAUUGCCGCUUGACUUGCUGGACAAUUGCGAGCUUGAGCCGCAGCGCUGUUAUAUACCCGAGCAGCUGGACUGGACUGGCACUUGGUGCAAACUUCUGCUAGAUGAUGGCAGCUACGUCGUUGCUCGUCCGGCGCAGCGCGCGGCCGCCGAAACCUGUUGCUUUGUGGACACUGUGGUGGCGUCGCCGGGCUUCAUGGCCAACAAGCAACGCCUCUGCCGCUUGGAGUCCCUAACUCUGGCUACAAACGUGGUGCAGUGGGUGGCCUGCACGGUCAGCAUUACGGAGCGGCUGCUGCAGCGGCCGCAGCUCGCGCUGGAGCAACUGCAGCAGGAUGUGCGCAUCUUUUUGCGCCACCUCAAGCUGAUCAAAGGCUGCGCCGUGCAGCAUGCGCGUCUGCUGGAGCUGGGCAUUGCCAGCAUUGAGAUAAGCGAAGUUCAGGGCAUGGACUUGACGUGCCGCAGCUGCUUUCAGCUGACGCACGAGACGCCGCUGCGAAUUCUGGACGUGCGUCUGGCGACGGCCACGUGCCUGCCGCGCCUGGAGCGCUAUCAACCCUACGGCUUUGAGGCGCCACUGCAGGCACUGGAGCAGCUGUUGCGCAGCGCCCAAAGGGCAGAAUUUCGAGGACUGCCCUUGAAUGCGCUGCUCGUGGGCGCCGUGGGCUCCGGCAAGAGCUGUCUGCUGGCGGAGUUUCUGCGGCGGCACAGCUGCAAUUGUUUCCACAUCACCGCCUCGCAGGUGCUGCGCGCCCAGCCGGGCGAAACGGAGUCGGAACUGCGACGCAUCUUUCAAGCGGCGCACACUUUUCAGCAGCGCCUGCGCCCGCAGCGGCCGGUUGUCAUAUUGCUGGAGGAUCUGGAGCUGCUGUGUCCGGCAACUAGCAGCGCGGAUGCGCGCAACUCGGGCAAUGCCAUGCGCAUUGCCGCACAGCUCUACAGGCUGAUUGAUGAGCUGCCGCAGCGGCAUGGUGGCAUCUUGUGCCUGGCCAGCAGCGGCUCGCCGGAUGCAGUGCAUCCACACGCACGUCGCGCCGGUCGCUUUGGCCACGAACUGACCAUCGAUAUGCCCACGGAGCAGCAGCGUCGCCAACUCUUCGCCGGACUCUGGCAGCAGGAGCAGCCGACACACCUGGAGCUGCUCACACCUGGCCUGCUCGAUUACCUGGCGCAGCAGACGCAGGGCUAUGUGAUCGCCGAUCUGACGCUGCUGCUGCGCCAGCUGCAACAGCAAAUGCUUCACCUCCACCCAGCCACAGCCCACGAUUUCGAGCGCCUAUUAAAACAAUCUCUUUUGCAGUGCCAGCCCAGCGCCUCGCGUGCCACGGAUGUGCGUAUCCUGAAGCUUGCCGCGGGCUUCGAGUCCAUUGGCGGCAUGGCUGCGCUCAAGCGCACGCUGCAGGUGUCCGUAUUGGCUGCACUGCAGCAUAGCGAAGCGCAUGCGCGCUUUGGCCUGAGCCUGCCCAGGGGCCUGCUGCUUUAUGGUCCGCCCGGCUGCGCCAAGACGACAAUUGCCAAGUGCUUGGCCAAGGAGGCGCACAUGACCUUCAUAGCCACAUCCGCGGCAGAGGUCUACUCACCCUACGUGGGCUGUGCGGAGCGCUUCAUAACGCAAAUCUUUAAUACGGCGCGCAAAAAUGCGCCCUGCCUCAUAUUUCUGGACGAGAUCGACUCGCUCGUGGGCCGGCGCACGGUUGGCAGCGGCAGCGGCAACAGCAGCGUCCAACUGCGCAUACUGUCCACGCUGCUCACCGAAAUGGAUGGCAUUGUCAGCGCCGGCAGCGGCAGCAGUCUCCAGCACAUACUCGUCGUGGCGGCCACCAAUCGUCCGGAUAUGUUGGAUGAUGCCCUGCUGCGUCCCGGACGCUUUGACAAGCUCAUUCACGUGCCCGCACCGGACCUGGCCUCACGUCUGGCUCUGCUGCAGCUGCACGCCCGUCGCAUGCCCUUCCAUGCCAACGUGCAGCUGUCGGAGCUUGCGGCACGCACCGAAAGCUACUCCGGCGCGGAUCUGUGCAAUCUGUGCAAUGAGGCCGCCAUCGAGGCGUUCCAGCGAGACUUUGAUGUCACUCACAUAGAAACGCAGGACUUCGAAACGGUUUUGGCCAGACAAAAGUCCUCGCUCAGCCAGCAGCAAAUCGAGAGCUAUUACAAAUUUGCCGCACGAUAUUUAUAAGGAUCGCAACUCUUGACAUUUUUUU